GCUAAAUAUGAGCGUCAUCCCUUUAAAAUUCCAAUCACACGUAGAAUCUAUGAAAGACCUUUAGAAAGUCUAUUCAUGGACGUCUACGUGAAAGAAAACGAAAAGUUUCUAACAAUUAUAGACUCCUUUUCCAAAUUUGCGCAAAUUUACAAAAUCCUUCACGAAACUUCAGAAGAAAUCAUCGAAACGCUCAUCAAGCAAUUCAAAAUUUUUGGCCUACCGAAACAAUUAACUUGCGAUCAAGCGACUUAUUGCCGCAGUCAAAAUUUUAAGGAAUUUCUAGAAACCCAUGGUGUUGCCGUUCACUACGCUAGUAGUAGCAACAGUAAUGGCACCAUCGAGAGGUUCCAUAAUACACUUUUAGAAAUGUAUAUGGCCAACCGCAGGAAAUUCGACCAACUUUCACUUUACCAAGGACUGUCCAUGACGACUGCCCUUUACAACGACACAAAACAUGCCACGACGAAUUUAGCACCGAGACAGAUAGUAUUUGGAAACUCGACGUCAUUAGACUUACAGGACAUUAACUUAACAAAACAACGCACUAUUAUGACAGCAAGAGACAAUAUUGUAUUUGAGGCUAACAAACAUAAUUCCAAAAUUAAAAUACAGGACAAAGACUAUGAGGAUAUUGAAGACGAUACGGUUUUAGUUAAGACGAAGGGAAAAGCCUCUCCUUUUAGCAACCGAUAUAGACUAGUAGAUAGCAAAGAACAAAACGAAAAAACAAUUACGGACGCAACAGGAAUCAAAAUUCAUAACAAACAUAGUAACAAACUGACUAAAACUUGCUUUCCGACUUCCUUACAGAUUAUGGCUCGGUAUACUGACGCAGACGACUCUAACGGAUUUAAGACUACACGAUGUAAAACAAAAUCCAAUCAUAAUGAUUCCCUUAGGAGAAGCUAGGAUCAGUAACAGCUUUUUCAGAAUAAUGCAUCCGAUAAACCUUACCACCAUUGAAUCGACAAUAGAUGUGUACAAUAAUGUAGCCCAAACCGGAAAGCUUAAUCAGACCUUUUUCGAGUUAUCUAUCAGGAGAAAAAUAGGCAGAAUUAAUCUGUUGUUCAAUAGAAUUAGGCCACAGCGAAUCAAACGAUGGGAAUCAUUAGGUAGAGCGUGGAAAUACAUUUCUGGAAGUCCAGAUGCCGACGAUCUUAAAGUCAUAAACUCUUCUCUAAACUCCUUGGUAGAUGAAAAUAAUAAACAAAUUCAGAUAAAUCACUUGUUUGAGAAACGUAUGAGAAACUUGACAAAAACUUUCAAUUCACUAUUAGAUAACGAGCAGAAUUUGGAAAAAGUAACAUUCGAUAGUUUAGACUCUUUGAAUUUCAUAUUUGAGAUUGAUGAAUUAUUAUACUAUUUAGAGAUAAUUGAAGAAUCUAUAACACUAGCCGGACGAAGCAUCCCAAGCAGCCGCAUCAUCCACCCUGAAGAACUUUCGGUUAUUCGCCAUACCCUCAACGAUAACGGUUUUCGAUUGAACUCGGUCGACGAUAUGUUGAACAUUGCUAGCGCGUACGCAGUAUAUAACAACGAGAUGUUCAUGUAUGUACUCAAAAUACCAAAAAUCAAGGAUGUGCAAUACAAAAUUGGUUUGAUUGAACCCGUAAUUGCCAAUAAUUUACGAAUUCAUCUCACGGCACCAUUUUAUAUUGAAGGACAGAACGCAUUUAUGUCAAAAAACCCGUGUCCAAAGAUGAAAGAUCUCUCUAUAUGUUCCUCCAGCAACUUGGAACCGCCUACGGAGUGCAUUCAACAAUUAGUUUCAGGACAACACACAGCCAAAUGUCCUAUGGAACGAAUUUACGAAGCUAAAACUAUUCGUAAAAUCACAGAAGGCAACAUCAUGGUUACAGGAUCCAACAUUACACUUUCAUCAAAUUGUUCAUCCGAACGAUUACUCAAUGGGUCAUUCCUCAUACAAUACUACAAUUGUACUGUGAAGCUGGACGACAAGGAGUAUGCUAACUCCGACAUGGAAAUUCAACCAUUCAUCCCUACCACAGGAAUUAAGGUCAGUCCAACUAUACUGAUAAACAAUAUCCCGUUACAGCAUCUGCAAGAGAUGCAUUUAGAACACAGAAACCAGAUAGAUCAUCUCAACUUAACUACGAACAAUCUGCAUUGGAAACUACAUAUGUUUGGAUGGUUAACCUCAUUAUCAACAACAGUUAUAAUCAUAUGUAUCCUGGGCCUGAUCAUAGCCAUCAUCUUUAAAAUAUUUAGUUGGAGAAAAUAUCUCACACUUAACACAAAAGAAGAUAUUCAUAUCAAUUUCAGCCUAGCAACUGAUGGAUGUCCCGAGUCAAGAGAUAUACCACUUAUCCCACAGCAGUAGAAGAAAGCCGAGGACGGCUUUCAAACUAAAAGGGGAGCCGUUAUAGAAACAUCGGAACAUCGUGCCACUCAGGUGCACCAAUUGCAGUAAGACAACGUGGACGACCCAAACGGCUAGAUCAGCAGUUUGUACAUUAUAAAUAACCCGCGAACGCGUGGCGCGUUCUCUUUCCUUUGGCAGCUUUGGACAAUCACCGGUGGUGCUGUAUUGUGUUAGUAUUAUUAAUAAAAG